AUGAGUUCCUCCUCUGCAGCCUCCUGUGGCGGCGACCAGUCGCCAGCCAGCAAAGAAGUCCAGACUAUCGACGCCGACAUCGAGCGUGGGGCUGACUCCCACUUCCUCAACACCACCGUACGCUCCCUCGCCUGGAAGGGCAUCACCGUGACCGUCAAGGACCGUGAGACCGGUCUCCCCAAGAACCUCGUCGACAACGUUGACGGUUUCCUCGAAGCCGGCGAAGUCCUCGCGAUCCUCGGCCCCUCCGGCAGCGGCAAGACGACCCUCCUCAACCACCUCGCCACCCGCCACCAAACCUCCGCCUCCUCCACCUCGUCAGCCUCCUCCCAGGGUACCCUCCUCCUCAACGGCCAGCCCCUCCCAUCCAUCUCCACCCUCCGCUCCAUCACCCGCUUCGUCGAGCAAGAGGACUCCCUCGUCGGCGCCUUGACCGUGCGGGAGACGCUUGCUUUUACCGCUCGGUUGUCUACCUCUUCUUCUUCGUCCUCUUCUCCCUCUGGUGGGUCGACGAAAAAAGAAGCAUGGCGCGACCGCGCCUCCCGCAUCGAAGCCCUGAUCGACGCCUUCGGCCUGCGGAACCAAGCCGACGCGCUAGUCGGCACACCGCUGCGCAAAGGGAUCAGUGGCGGGCAGAAGCGGCGGUUGGGCGUAGCAUGCCAGUUGGUGACGGCGCCGCGGGUGCUGGUGCUGGAUGAGCCGACGAGUGGGUUGGAUUCGGUGGCCGGGUGGGAGGUGAUCAAGUUUUUGGGGGAGGUUGCGAAGAGGGAGAGGCUUAUUGUGAUUGCGUCGAUUCACCAGCCUAGUACGGCGACUUUUAAUCUUUUUGAUAAGAUCUUGCUUAUGUCUCGGGGCAAGACGCAUUACUUUGGUCCGGUGCGGCAGGUCGCGGGGCAUUAUGAGGCUAUUGGGUACCCGAUACCGUUGCAUGUCAACCCGGCUGAGUUUCUGCUGGAGAUGACUAACACCGAUUUUGCGGUGGACCGGGACGAGGCUGGCCGGCGGUUGGAGGCGAUGCAGACCGCGUGGACUACCUCCGAGGCUGGUAAGGCGGUGCGUGGGGCGAUUGAGCGGGCUGAGGGGGAGGGGGAGAAGGGGUCUGGAGGAGGUUUGAGGGAGGUAGAGGUUGAGGCGGCGUCGAAGAAGCCUGGGUUGCUGAGUGUCGUGCUGACGCUGCUGCAUCGGAACUUUGUGAAGAGUUAUCGGGAUGUGGUUGUGUAUGGGAUUCGGCUGGCGAUGUAUUUUGGUCUUGCCAUCAUGAUGGGUACCGUCUGGCUGAGGCUGGAUGCCGCGCAGGAGUCCAUCAUCCCCUUCAUCAACGCCAUUUUCUUUGGCUCGGCAUUUAUGAGCUUCAUGGCCUGCGCCUACAGCCCGGCGUACCUCGAGGACUAUAUGCAGUUCAUCAAGGAGAAGCGCAAUGGCCUUUCCGGGGCCACGGCCAUGAUCAUCUCCAACUUUCUCAUCGGCGUGCCUUACCUGUUCAUCUUCUCGCUCAUCUUCUCCGCCAUCACAUACUGGCUCUCCAACUUCCAGCCGACCGCCCAAGCCUUCUUCACCUCGGUGCUGUGGAUCUUCCUGGACCUCGUGGCCGCCGAGAGCCUGGUGGUGCUGCUGGCCUCCAUCUUCCCGUCCUUUGUCGUCUCGCUCGCGCUGAUCGCUUUCGCCAACGGCUUGUGGAUGAGUGUUGACGGGUUCAUGGUGCCGCCGACGAUUCUCAACGUGUUUUACCGCUACGUCUUUCACUUCUGGGACUACCAGAAGUAUGUGUUUGAGAACAUGAUGGUCAAUGAGUUUAGCGAGCGCGUGUACACGUGCGCGACAACGGCCACUGGGUGCCAAUGCAUGUGGCAGACCGACCUCGCCGACCAGUGCCUCAUUCGCGGGCAAGGUGUGCUGGACCAGUAUGGCUAUCAGCCGGGGUACAUGGGCAAGGAUGUCGGCAUCAUGAUGGGUAUCAUUGCUGGGUACCGCAUCGCCGCUUGGAUCGUGCUGAAGCUCAAGAGCUAA